AUGGCCAUCGGUGGAAGCAUAGGAACGGCGCUUUUUGUGGGGAUCGGUGGCAGUCUGAAGAAUGCUGGCCCACUUUCACUCGUUCUGGGCUACCUGUUCUGGGGCAUCCUUUUCAUCUGGCCAGGAUACUUACUCGUGGCUGAGAUGCUGGCAUGGCUGCCUAUACGAGGCACCAUUUUCGAACUUGGUGGCCGUUACGUCGACCCUGCCCUAGGAUUCGCCAUGGGCUGGACCUAUUUCUUUGCCGGGGCGAUGCUUGUGUGCACUGAGUAUGCUUCGGUCGCCACAGUCAUGACCUACUGGAACACCAGCGUCAACGCAGCGGUUUGGGUGACGAUGGCCUUGGUGGUCUGUGUCUUCUUUAAUCUCGUGGCUGUGAGAUGGUACGGAGAGUCUGAAUUCAUCAUGGCCUCCACAAAAAUCCUCCUUCUUAUGGGACUUGUUCUCCUUACGUUCAUCACCAUGGUCGGCGGGAAUCCGAAACAUGAUGCAUAUGGCUUCCGCUACUGGAAACACGGAAUGGCCAUGCACCCAUAUUACACCACCGGUGCCACUGGACGCUUUCUCGGCUUCUGGAGUGUGGUUCGAUAUGCGGCGUUCACCGUUUCUGGACCAGACUUGAUCGCUCUCGCUGCAGGCGAGAUCCAAAAUCCGCGAAGAACCAUUCCACGUGUUGCCCGUCUCGUCUUCUACCGGCUCGUGGGCUUUUACGUUGUGGGCGUACUCUGCGUCGGGAUCAUCUGCUCGUCUCGAGAUGCUCGGCUGAUCAGCGCCAUCAACGACGGAAAGGCCGGUGCGGCCGCUUCGCCAUGGGUGCUUGGGAUCCAAAAUCUGGGUAUUACCGGCCUUCCCAGCUUCAUCAACGCCCUCAUUCUCCUGUCCGGCCUCUCAUGUGGCAAUGCUUAUCUCUACUCCACCAGCCGAACCCUUUAUGGGCUCGCUCGCGACGGCCAGGCGCCCAAGUUCUUGAUGAAGUGCACAAAAUCUGGGAUCCCGACUUAUUGUGUUCUGGUGGUGACGAUUAUUUCCUUGAUCACCUUCCUCGUCGCGUCCAAUUCGGCCGUGACGGUGUUUUUCUGGUUUAUUUGGCUGUGCACAAUAGCCUUUGUUCUCACCUACGUUUGUAUGCUCUGGACAUACCUUGGCUGGUAUCGUGCGCUUAAAGCUCAAGGGAUUGACCGCAACACCCUUCCGUACAAGGCGCCAUUCGCCCCUUACACCGCAUGGCUCGCCAUCGGCGUUGGCUGCGUCGUCAUGGUGUUUAUCGGCUUUGACAGCUUCGUUCCCUGGAGCACGCAGGGCUUUGUGACGAACUAUUUUGGACUUGCCUAUGGCAUCUUCAUGUUUGUGUUCUGGAAGGUGGUGAAGCGCACGAAGUGGGUAGACCCCAAGACCUGCGACAUCUGGAGUGGCAAGGCGGAGAUUGACGAGGAGUGCAAGGAGUGGGAAGAAGGCGGAUUCGAGGAGGUGGAAAAGGCGAGAUUAGCCAAGAUGAACAUCUUCAGGAGGACCUGGGAGAGAAUAUGGUAG